AUGUCUUCGACCGCCGCGCCUCAGACAAACGGCGUGCCUUCCUCCUCGCCUGGCGGCUCCGCCUCUCAGACCGUCAACAACACCCAGUCGCAAUCACAACCGUCCAACUCCCAGACACAACCAGCUACCAAUGGCGUGGCCUCAAAUUCGCAACCAUCGCAGUCGCAAUCACAGCCCCAACCAUCAGCAGCAGCACAAGGCUCCCCAUCAGCAGCGGCUACGGCCUCCCAACCUGCGCCACCAACCUCACCCACCGCCACCGCCCCGCGACCGCGCGACCAACGCACAAUCGAGCUGCUCCUCAAUGCCCAAGGUGUCACGGCCUUCGAGUCUCGCAUACCCCUUCUUCUACUCGACUUCGCCUAUCGACACACGGCCUCUGUGCUUAGUGACUCCAUCUACCUCGCUGCCGAUCCUUAUACCACUCACGCCGGAUCGAAGCCAUCUGCUACCGCGGGCGGCACGGCUACAGUUCCAGGCAGCGGCGGGGAUGCGAUGGUCACCGCCAAUGCGGUGAAAUUGGCCAUCGGUGCACGGCUGGCUUACCAGUUUCGGGGCGGCGGCGGCGCGACGGGUGGCGGCGCUAUAAGCAAGGAUGCUCUUGCAAGCAUAGCUGCGGAGAGGAACAAGGUCGCGCUGCCGCGCGUGCCGCCCGGCGAAUGUGGAGACGACGAGGACGACGAUGAUGAGGAGAUGGUUGACGCCAUGGAACAUCAGCCAAAUGAUGAGGAUGUCGGCGGCGACGGAGUUGAGGGUGGUACAAUGGAAGACAUCUUUGGUUCAGGGCAAGAUGCACAGCCCGGCGAGCAGGUCGGCGAGGAGGACGUCGAUAUGACUGCAGAGUAG